AUAUUGAUGUGGGCAAUGACGAUUCUGAUGAUGAUCCAACGUUCAAUCCUGAAGCUGAAGGUAAUGAAGACGAAGAGAAUGACAGCUCAGAUGAAUAUAAAUGCAGUGAAGAUAUCGGUGAGGCUUCUACCCAAAAUUAUAGCCAAUCUUCCCAAAAUCAGUCACCAGCACUAGAUUUUUUCCAACCUCGUCGCCUGUUCUGGAAAACCACAAAUGUUUUUGAGCCAUUGCCACCAGCACCUACCUUUGAGGAGACUGAUCGAAUGGCCAUAAAUUUACCACCAAACGAGUAUGUGACCAAGUAUAUACCCAGCGACUUCUAUAAGCUAAUCGCUUUCCACACAAGCCAAAGCUAUCUUGCUGAAACUGGACAGAAUCUGAAUACGUCAGAAAAGGUUGUGAUGAGAACAUUUUGGCGUAACAGUUAUGAUGUCAAAACAGGUACAUCCCUGUACAGCGUCCAGGAUUAUAUAAGUUACUACAGGAUUUCAUCCAGAACACGCGAGUGGACAAUUAGACUCAUAUUCCAUUUAUAUGAUUUUGCUUUGGCAGCAUCCUGGAUAGAAUAUAAAUCAGAGCAGGAAAUACUAGGUACUAGAAAAAAAGACAUACUGGACUAUCUUGGGUUUCGCAGGAAGCGAUAG